GGGCAAGGCUUAUCCCCUUGAUCUCGUGCCUGCUCCAGACCACAAUAUUCAAACCUGCAAGCCCGAGUUGGGGUACCACUUGUCGUGCCCACUGCUGAAUUACUGUCUCCGGGCUGUGAUUCUGCUACGCACUCGCAUUGUGGACCCCUCGCAAUUCUCCCCCUCUCCCCGCCCCUCCUCCGCCCCUCCUGCGGGCACCUGCGCUCGCAUUCAACUGCAACUUCGUCGCGCACCAACCUCCAAGGGAGUCCUGAUAUCCGCGCUCGAGACACCACUAGGCAACUACAUCCUCGCCAAUGGAGAUCACAGCCGAGGAUCUCCCGGCCCUGCUUGCCGAUGACACCGCGGUCAAGCUCGCGGGCGUCGACGUCGACGGCAUGCUCCGCGGCAAGCUCGUCUCCAAGAAGAAGUUCCUGUCCAUCGCCGAGGCCGGCUUCGGCUUUUGCUCGGUCGUUUUCGGCUGGGACAUGCACGACAUGACGUACAUACGGGAGCUGAAGGUCAGCAACAAGGAGAACGGGUACAGGGACAUCAUUGCCGUGCCGGACCUCAGCAGCUUCCGCCGCAUCCCGUGGGAGAACAACGUGCCCUUCUUUCUGGUCAGCUUCUUCGACCCCGACACGAAGGCCCCCGUGUCGGCAUGUCCCAGGGGUCUUUUGAAAACCCAGGUGGAGAAGUUCGCGGCCAAGGGCUACGCGGCCAUGGCAGGAGCCGAGUACGAGUUCUACCAGUUCAAAACCCCCAGCACCGCUUCCGGCGGCACCCCAUCAACCGCCGCAUACCUCAGAGAGAACACCCCUCAGUCACUCCCGCCCCUGACGGAGGGCAUGUUCGGCUACAGCCUGACGCGGCCGGUCCACAACAAAGACUACUACUACGACGUCUUCAACACCUGCCAGGCGUUCCGGUGCGACCUGGAGGGCUGGCACACCGAGAGCGGGCCGGGCGUGUACGAGGCGGCCCUCGAGUUCGGCGAGAUCAGCCAGAUGGCCGACCGGGCGAGCCUGUUCAAGUACGUCGUCAAGUCCGUGGCCACGCGGCACGGCAUCACGCCGUGCUUCAUGGCCAAGCCGCGGCAGGGGCUGCCGGGGAACAGCGGGCACAUGCACGUGUCCCUGGUCGACGCCAGCAGCGGCAACAACCUGCUGUACCGCGGGGAGCCGGACCCGGACCCGCCCUACCCGGACGUGGCCUACCUGUCCGACCUGGGCCGGCACUUCCUGGCCGGCAUCCUGGACGGGCUGCCGGACGUCAUGCCCAUGGUGGCGCCGACGAUCAACAGCUACAAGCGGCUGGUGGAGAACUUCUGGGCGCCCGUCACGGUCUCGUGGGGGCUGGAGCACCGCGCCGCCUCGAUCCGGCUGAUCGCCCCGCCGACGGCCAAGCCGGGCGCCACGCGCUUCGAGAUCCGCGUCCCCGGCGCCGACGCGAACCCGUACUACGUGCUGGCGGCCGUCCUGGCGCUGGGCUGGCGCGGCGUCGAGCGGAAGCUGCAGAUCCCCUGCCCCCCGCUCGGCAAGGGCGAGGACGUCGGCGGCACCGCCGAUAAGGGAGUCCGCCUGGCCAGAAGCCUGCGCGAGGCGAACGACCGGUUCAUGCGCCCGGGAAGCAUCGCGAGAGAGGUGUUUGGCGACGAGUUUGUCGACCAUUUCGGCGGCACGAGAGAGCACGAGAUCCGCCUUUGGGAUGAGGCCGUUACUGAUUGGGAGAUGAGGAGAUAUAUUGAAACUGUAUGAUUCGUGGGGGGGAGGA